AUGCAGCUCAGUCAGCACGUUGAAGGGAAGUCUGUGUUCUUACCUUCAGCAGAGAGCAGCAGCAGCUCCGUUAUGAUCCAGGACGGAGCUCCGGAGCCUCCAGCUGCUGUGGUGGAGGUGGAGGCGAGUCCAGAAGACAACACUGACAGCAAGCCUUUCCCACCCAGGAUGAUGGACUGGAUCAAACAGGGCAUCGAGAAGGUGGUUCCUCAACCAGAGAUCGGAGCUCCAACUAAAGUCGAGGUUCAGCCAGCAGCUGCAGAGUCCAAUGAUGAAGAGCAGCAGCCCAAUAUGAUCGGCUGGAUCGUCAACGAGCUCGGCCGUAUCUUGCCUCAGCCUGUACAGAAGCAGGAUUCAGGUGGUGACGAUGUACAGAGCAUCAACAUCGUUCAGAAGCAGUCAGACCUCGUUCUGGAGGACGUGGAGGCGGAGGAGGAGACGAAGAAGGUAAAAGAGAAUCAACAGCUGGGUUGUGAGAAGGCAGGAGAGGAAUGCUCUCUACAAAUGGAAAGCAUCAAGAAGGAAGCGGCUCAAGCUCAAAUGGAGGAAAGACUGACGCUGGAGGCGGCCCGCAUUGCUGAGGACAUGGCCAUGAAGGCAGCAGAGGAGGCAGUGAGACAGCUGGAGGAGGACCAAUCAGCCAAGAUCAUCAUAGAGGAGAUGCCGGAGACCAAUGAACAACUACCAAACAUCCUGGAGGAGGAAAACGAGGACGCAGAGUUGCGAAACCUGCAGGAGGACAGUGAAGACGUCAAAGACAAUAGGACUCCUGAGGAAAAUAAAGUAGCAGAGGAAAAUAACAAAACCAAUGUUAAUGAAGAGAGAGAACCUGAUCAGCCUGUCAACCAGCAAACCUUCAGCGACUCAGGGAGCAUUAUAGAUGAGGGUGAUGCCGAAAAGGUCUCUUCCCACACUGAAUCUGAGCUGGCAGAGGAUGCCACUCCUUCCACAACAGAGGCAGAGCAAGGAUCCUCGAGGAGAGAACUGGAGAGUCCCAUCACCCAACAACCAGAGCCACAAGGUUCAGAAGCUCCGCCCACCGCAGAUCCGGGCAAUGAAGCAACAGAAGCAGGUGCUGGAGUUCCUGACAUUUGCUCUCCAAUAGAGAGCUUUCUGCUUCAAAUCCCAUACGCUGCCGAGUGCCUUGAGAGCUGCAAGAAGCUGAUGCAUGAUAAUAACCUCACCCCUCCCAAACUGUCCAUGCCCACCCCACCGCUGGAGCUCGCUAUGCUGAGCCAGGAGCUUGACAUGCUGAGGCAGGAUCUCACCCAGAUCACCCAGGAGCUCACCCAGAUGACCCAAGAGCUGUCGCAGCUCCCUGAGCAGGCUCAACAUCUUGCAGGAGAUCUGUCUGUAGACGGGGACGAUGACGAGAUGUCAAAGAUCAGCCUGCUGAGUACAGACGAGAUGCGACCGGCGUCAGCAGCUAGUGUCGGCAGCGUGGUCAUCCAGGACCGCCUGAGCGACCUGGUCAGGCUGUUUAAAGGCCGAACAGAUCAAAGAAGAGAGCGUUUCAUGGACCCAGACGAAUCUGAUGAAGAACCUCCCGCCGCACCACCUGCUGCUCCUCCUCCUCCACCUCCACCAGAAGAGAAGAAGGAGGCCCCGGCUGAUGCAGAAGUAGAAGAAGAAGAAGAGGAAAAACCGUGGUUCACAUUUGAACUUUUGGGACAUCCAGUGGACUUUCCCAAACUGCCCAAACUUCCCAAGUUGCCAGACUGGCUCCAAGUCAUCGUGGAUUACCGCUUCCCUUCCAGCAUCGACCCGUUCACCGAUCUGAUCUAUGUCCUCUGGCUGUUCUUGGUGGUGGCGGCGUGGAACUGGAACAUGUGGUUGAUCCCCGUCCGUUGGGCUUUUCCUUACCAAACCCCCGAAAACAUGCACAUAUGGCUGAUUAUCGACUACACCUGCGAUCUCGUCUACAUCGCCGACAUCCUCGUCUUCCAGCCCAGACUGCAGUUUGUCCGUGCAGGAGACAUUGUGUGUGAUAAAAAGGACAUGAGAGAAAACUACAUGUCAACUGAGAGAUUCAAGUACGACAUCAUCAGCCUGUUUCCCAUGGAGAUAUUUUAUUAUUUCACCGGAGUGAACUCUCUGCUACGCUUCCCUCGUCUGCUGAAGUACAUGGCUUUCUUUGAGUUCAACGACAGAAUAGAAGCCGUGAUGAAGAAAGCGUACAUCUACAGAGUGAUCCGAACCUCCACCUACCUGCUUUACUCUCUGCACAUCAACGCCUGUUUGUUCUACUGGGGCUCCGACUAUGAAGGACUGGGAUCCACCAAAUGGGUCUAUGAUGGAAAAGGCUUCGCUUACAUCCGCUGCUACUACUUUGCUGUGAAGACGCUGAUCACCAUCGGGGGGCUGCCAGACCCAACCACCGUCUUUGAGAUCUGCUUCCAGCUCAUCAACUAUUUCGUUGGUGUCUUUGCUUUCUCGAUCAUGAUUGGUCAGAUGAGAGACGUGGUUGGAGCAGCGACGGCCGGUGAGAACUACUACCGAGCCUGCAUGGACAGCACCGUGAAGUACAUGAACUCCUACCACAUUCCCUCCGAGGUCCAGAACCGCAUCAAGACCUGGUACGACUACACCUGGAAGAUCCAGGGCAUGCUGGAUGAACAGGAGCUACUGGUGCAGCUUCCUACUAAGAUGAGACUCGACAUCGCCGUGGACGUCAACUACGCCAUCGUCAGUAAAGUUGCCCUGUUUCAGGGCUGUGACAGACAGAUGGUGUUCGACAUGCUGACGAGACUCAAAUCUGUCGUCUACCUGCCCGGAGACUUCGUCUGUAAAAAGGGGGAGAUCGGCAGGGAGAUGUACAUCAUUAAACAGGGGGAGGUUCAGGUUGUGGGCGGUCCUGACCUGCAGACAGUGUUUGUCACCAUCAGAGCCGGAUCUGUGUUCGGAGAGAUCAGUUUGCUGGCGGGAGGAGGAGGAAACCGUCGUACAGCCAACGUGAAGGCUCAUGGAUUCGCUAACCUCUUCAUCCUGGAUAAGAAGGACCUGGCGGAGAUCCUGGUCCACUAUCCAGAGUCCCAGAAACUCCUCCGCAAGAAAGCCAAGAUGAUGGUGACCAAGGACGUGAAGCCGGUUGAGAAGGGUGCAGGUAAAGAAGUCGAGGUAAUCCCACCAAGACCCGACACUCCCAAAAUGUUCAAGGCUGCGCUGAAAUUGACGGAGCAGGCGGGAAUAGAGGGAACCUUCUCCAAGCUGAAGAAGACCUACAAACCAUCUGAUGGCGAUACGGAGGGUCCUCCCUCUGCCUGCCCGCUCCCUCCUCCCUCUCCGAUGCACCGCCGCUCUCCCAUCCCCAUGUUUGUUGUCCACGACGACGACGACACCGUGUGCGAGACCGCCGACAGCUCGGUCAUCAUCAGGAUGACGCCGCGGGUGGAAGGGGAGGAGCUUCUGUCCGUGGAGGUGGCGCCUGGAGACAAAGACGGAGAAGAGAAGAAGGGAUGA